CCCCCACCCCCUUCUUCCCCAUUUCCACUUCCACACACCACCUCCCAAAUCCAGAGCCUCCCCACCCAGCUGUUCCACCGACAGUGAUGUCCACAUCCGGUUCGUCCUCCGUUUCCGCCGACCGGGACAUCCUCCCCCUGAUCCCCUGCCCGGACUGCGGGGGCCUGAGCACCACCAUUGCCUCCCGCGGCGGCUACCGCUCCAGGACUCAGAUCUACAAGUACCUCCGCCGCAGCGCUGUUCUUGGCUGGUUCUUCCGCUGGUCAGACGGGUACGCGCUGGCCGAUAUUGCAAGGAUGACCCUCCUCCUCGGCGUGGCCAAUCUGCUCGUCAACAUGCUUGUUCUGGCUCUGGUGCUGCGGCUGCUCGCAAAGCGGAAUGCAUCUAUGGCGUAAUCUAAUCUAGAUGCUGGUGGAUGGCCGUAGUAUCAGUAGUAUUAGCGUGGUAGUAGUCCCGCCGUGUUAAUUAGUGUGGCUGUAGCCCCGCUAUGGGCUUUGGUUAGUGCAGUCUCUCUCUGUGUCAAAUUAGUGCGGUCUCUUCAGUGUCAGCAAGCUGUAGCUUUGGGUUGGACGAUGGAGUGUGUAACUUGCGGCUGUGCCACCAUUUGUCUGGUCUGGUCAGCACGCUUGCAAAAUAUGGUCCACUAUGUAGUAAUCCAUGAGCACUUGUAUCUAAUUAAUGGAUGUUGUUUGCCAAGUUA